AUGCGUGCAGGCAGGGAGCGCUGCGGGUACUUUCUCCUUGACACCGUGUUUACUGUGGUUGUCACGGGGUCGCUGGUCGUGUUCGUGUGGCGAGGAGCGUGGGUGUUCCUGGACGCUGUGCUUUUCCCUACCAUGCCACACUACUCGGCUAUGGGCUCGAUGAUGAUGGGCAUGACGGUGACUCUGCUGGUGUUCGCCGCACAGCUGGUGCUGAUUCCGUACCUCCGCCACGUGAGGAAGGGCGUCGGCAAGAUUGUGGUCGAGGACGCCUACCACACCAUCUGCUUCGUCGGCGACAUCAACAUGUGGAGGGGCGUCUGGAUGCUCCUUAACAUAUACCUCCUUCCAGAUAUGCCCGUUGUCAGCAAUUUCCUGACGUCGGUGGCUGGUCUGGUCUUGCUGAUGUGCUUCUACACAGCCAACUCCAUUUUGGUGAGAGGCGCUGUGAUGGAUGGCGCAGGAGAAGGAUCCAAGGGAGUUACAUUCCCCACGCAGUACUUCAGAUUCUUCUAUAAGAGGCGGCUCAGCGAGGAGCGGCAGCGCCCCGACUUCUGGGUGCGGGGCGAGGAGGCGCGGUCGCCCCUGCACAUCAGCGCCCCCCUCGAGUCCAGCCUCGCCAACAAGGCCAACGGCGUGUGCGACGGCCGCGGCUUCGGCGAUGGACACAGCUUCACCGACGGCUUCGGAGACGGCUACAACAGCGGCUACUCGACCAACGAGGAGCGGAGUCCUCGGCCCAACUCCACCUUCCUCGGCGGAGGUGGAGGAAGCGGAGGAGGCGACGGCGCUUCUUCCGGGACGCGAGGAUCCCUCAGUAGGAACGCCUCGGACCUCCAGUCGCAACAGACGGAGACGCCCUUGUAGAUACCCGGCGAGGGACGUCGGCGACGCACAUGCACAGAAAUACAGCCACGCCCACAUAUACAUAUUGUAUAGCCCCGAAGAAAUCUGCCUUCCCAGCCUCCUCUUGACUACGCAUACAUUCUCUACGAACAGAU